CCAAUACUCUUCCUUCCUUCUCCUCUCUUCCCAUCAGUUAUGUCCCCUCAUGUGGCAGAUUCUCCUGCUUCUCUCUCUCACCAUUCUGCUUUCAUUGUUUCCCUUGUUCCCUCUUUCAACCCAAGCUGUCAUGAGAGUCUGCAAAGUGAACAUCAAGAAAUUACCAAAAGACUAUCCAACGCACAAAGACAAAGAAUUAUUGAACUCAUCCUACUAUAUUCAAGAAAGAACAUCUCAGGGCAGUACACAGCUCAGAAAGGGAUUAUCAGCAAAGUUGCUGCAGAUUUUAAUGUUUCAAGAAGGACAGUAGGUGCCAUAUGGAGCAGAGCUAGAAAACAACCACUAGAGGGUGUUGCCAUUGAUGUGAAAAGCAGACUUCCAGUGAAUUCAGGCAGAAAAAGAGUUUCUAUAGACAUUGAGACCAUUGGAAACACUCCUCUUGCCCAAAGGACAACCAUUAGUUCACUGGCAGCUUCCCUCGAGAAUGGAGAGAUUUUAUGGGAUGGAAAAAUUGGAAUAUUUCCUUUUGUUGAAACUGUGGCUGCUAAAAGAAAGAGUAAAAACAGGGAGGCAGGUGUAUUAGAAGUGAAACAACUUCUGAGUGUCACCAAAGAAGUGACUAAAGAUAUGCUGGUGAACCAGGAAGUAAUGAAUAAUGAUGGAGGAAACAAGUACAAGCUACCACAUAUGCCAAAGGACAGGUUAGCUAGAGAAGGAACACUACCAGUGACUCUAAAUGUACCCCACACACUAUUGGAGAAGACACUGGAGAACUUCAGGGCAUACAAGAAGCAGAUGGAGGAAUCAAUAGGGAUGGUUGACACGAAGAUUCUGGUGAAUGACGCGUUUUUCUUGGUUAGUACGGCGGGGACAAACGACUUCGCUCUCAACUAUGACGGCAACAUCGUACCCUUCCGAAACAACACUUACACUCUCCAGGGCUACGCUGAUUAUGUCCGCCACUCUGUCCAGCAAUUCCUCCAGCCUUGUGGAUAUCCCUCCUCCUUCGUUCGCAUCACUUACGCGCAGAUGCUUGAUCAGCGCCAGCCCCCAACCCUAGUUCCUCUCCGUGGAAUCUUCGAUCCUUCAUUCCUUCCCCAGCUCGUCAAGUCAACCAUUUGUGAUUUGUCCGUGUCCAACACUCCAACCUUUACAGCCGCGGCUGCAGCGCAACCGUAGACGGCGGUCACUUAGGGGCGGUUCCGCGGUCGGGCAGCAACUCCGGCCGCCACGGUGAUUUCACCGUCGUUCGCCACUUCGCCAGACUCCCUCCGCCAGCCCAGUCCGUCGUUACCCUGAGCGAAUCAGCGUAAGCCCUGCCCCUUAGCUUGUCAAUCGUCAUCUCUAAUUCAAUUGACAAUGAAAGGUUUAGAAUCUUAUUAUAAAAGAUUAAAACCUACACUUCUACAAGGUCAUGUAAUCGAGCUUGAAGUUCAACCACAAUCUCCAAAUGAAAGUACUCAACUAACACCACCGAUUGAAGAAGUUCAAACCCAACUCCCAACUCAAGAAAUACAUGAUCGAAUUCACACAACAAUUCUUGAAGCAGAUCUUGAAAAAAGAUUUCCAGUGAAUUCGAUGAAUAGAAGGAAAGAUGUUGACAUCAUUUUUGACCAAGCAAAAGAAGAUAAUUGUAUCCAUUCGAAGACGUAUUUGAGCUGUGUCAGAUUUCUUUUAAGAAAUUGUCUUCCUUCUU